AUGUUUUGGGUUUCAGAUUGUAGUGGGGAAAUGGGAUUUUGGGAAAGGGUUUGUGACUGGUUGAGAUUCUCACGAGGGGAGGAUUCGUGGGUGGGGGUUGCUAUUGGGUUGGUGGUUGGGGUUAGUGGAGCGGUAAAAUCUGAAAUGGAAAGAGGGGAAGGAGAAAAUAUACCAGGCAGGCUCGAGCUCGACGGUGCAGAAGAAGUACAGAAAUAUCAACAUAUAAAGGUAGGGCUACAGGAUUUGUGGCAAGUCCAGGAGUACUUGUUGGAAAAAAACAAAGCUAAAGCUCUUCGGAAGGCAUUUGAGGAAUCAUCAAUGCCAGAUAUCGCAAUUGGUGAUAGAAAGAGUGACUUUGAAUUCAUGAAUCUAUGCAAGGAAAGAUACAUAGUCCCGUACGAUGCAGGUAUUUGGCCAGUGAGCCAAGAACAGUUGCCAAAGCCAGUGAUUUUCCACGACGGUCGUCUUGUCCAGAAACCCACUCCACUGAUGGCAUUUCUAAUCAUUUUGUGGUUCCCAAUCAGCAUUCCUGUAGCAAUUUUGCGUGUGGCUGUUGGUUCAUUAUGCCCCAUGUAUUUAUCUUACUAUCUUAUUCAACUACUCAAUUGCCCAAUAAUCGUCAAGGGCACCCCACCAAUAAGGCCAAAAAAUGAUUCUAAUAAACGAAAAGGAGUUUUGUUCGUUUGCUCACAUAGAACUGUUCUUGACGCUAUAUUCCUCUCUAUGGCACUCGGCCGCCCGGUUGCCAGCCCCUCGUACUCCGUGGCAAAAAUGACGGAAUUCUUAUCCCCAAUUAAGUCAGUUAGACUGACUCGAGAUCGCAAGAAAGAUGCUAAAUUGAUCGAAAAGCUAUUAGAAGAAGGCGAUCUGACUGUAUGUGCGGAAGGGACGACAUGUCGGGAACCAUAUUUGCUUAGGUUUUCGGCACUAUUUGCUGAAUUAACUGAUGAGCUAGUGCCAGUGGCUAUAUCAGUCCGUGCAAGCCUAUUUCAUGGGACGACGGCUAGAGGAUAUAAAUGGAUGGAUCCUUUCUUCUAUAUGAUGAAUCCCAGGCCGGUAUACGAGAUAACAUUUCUGAACAAGUUGACACGCGAUCAGACAUGUAGUGCUGGAAAACCAAGCCACGAAGUGGCAAAUACUGUGCAACAAAUGAUCGCUUCUGCUUUAUCAUACAAAUGUACUAAGUUUACAAGGCGGGAUAAGUAUCUAGCAUUAACUGGGACUGAUGGGAUUGUAGGAGAAAACAAAAAAAUCUAUAGCUAA